AUGAAGAUGUUGUUGUUUGUGUUAUUGGGAUUUAUCCUUUCUGUCUCCUCAAUGAGCGCCGAUGAGGAGGCGGAGUUACUUUUCGAUGAAUUUGACGAUGAUGAUUUGGAUAACGCCGAGGAAGGAGACAUCGACGACGAUGAUGAUUUUGAUUUCGACGACGAGGAGUUUGAUGACGAGGGAGACGAUGAUGAUUUCGAAGAGGGCGAUUUGUAUGAAGAAGAGGAAGACAACGAGGAUGAAGAAGAUGAUGAAGAGGAGUACGAACUUACACAAGAAUGGGCAGAACAAGCUAAGACUGAGACAAACCCGUUUGACCAGAUUGAGUCAGCAGAGCGUUUACUCGCGGAGUUGGCCAACCAUCCAUACCACGGUAUGUACACUCCAAAUUAA